AUGGAUUAUGGAAAGAGAUCGGCUUCUGAUAGAGUGAAAACGUUGAUUUGGAAACUGACAUUUUCGAGUUGGACUGGGAGCUUACGCGUUUACAAGGACGCGCGUGCGAAAUUCUGCGACAAGUUGAUUUCCUCUGCUCGAGUAAUGGAAAUAUACAGAGAGAUCGCCAUCGUCGUUUCGUAG